AAGCAAGGGGGGAAGAUUAUAAACCCACAAAAAAUAAAAAAGGUUUAUAUAAAUGAUGAGCCCCGCAAGUAAGAAAUACUACCACUACAUGGUUGAGAGGGACAUAAAUACACUAUUGAUCCUGUGAAAAGCAAACACUGUCAACCCAUGAAAGCUUCAGAAAAGCCUCGUUUGAGUGUGCAAUUCAGGGAAAAGAUGUAAACCAAGUGGUUUGUAGCUGAAAGAGCAAAAAAGCUUAAAAGAGAAGCAAAAGGGUUUUGUUUUUUGUUUGUUUUUUUGCUCCCAUACCAUGCCAAAGUAUAUCUCUUUUGAUUUUCAAAAAAGAAAGAAAAAAGAAAGGUUCUUGAUCAUUCAUAACUUACUAAAGAAAUAUGAUAUCUAUAUAUGAUAUGAUGCAGUGGUGGAUUUGGAGGUUGUAGUCUUUAGUGGGUUGUUAAUUGGGAAGCAAUUUCAGUGGCAAAUGAUGGCCGGAGGAAACCCUAAUAACUGGUGGAGCGUGGUGGUCAACGCAAGCAAUAAUAUGGAACCGCCACCGCAGCCGGCGGCGCCUUCUUCUUAUCAGUUCUUACAGUCCUCCUCGCCGCCGUCUCAUGAACAGCAUCAACAUUUCUAUGGAUCUUUCAAUUCUGUGGGUGAAGCCCAAAGCCAAGAUUUUCCACGCCCACUCAGCCAACUCCUCAUGUGUGGAUUGGGUGGCAAUGAAAAUGAAAAGUUUGGUAUGAGUCAUUUUCAGUACAAGAAGGCUGAGGAGAAUUGGGAUGAUGAAAUUGGUUUGAAUAAUAACCAUAAUCCAUCAUCAUCUGCUGCUGCUUCUGUUGAUAAUGUAAUUAAGGAAGAUGAUGAGUUUGAUAGGAUUGCACAGAUGUACGGCCAGGAUCCCAUUCCUCUUGUACUAGAAGAUCACCACCGCCGAUAUUUCCAAACAUCUACUGCUUCUGUAGCUUCUUCUAGGAAUCAGCACCAAAGAAGCACUUAUAGUAAGUCUCUGCAAGAGGAAAACAGACCAGAUGCUUCACAGCAUUCAUACGAGUGUAACAGCACUAGCACUAGCACUAGUACUGGAGGAGCAUCUAAGAGACCUAGGGUCAGCCAUAAUCAAGCUUCAAGCCAGCAGCCAUCUUUAAAGCAAGCAGGUCAGGAAAGAGAAGCUAGGGGAUAGAGUCACAGCUCUUCACCAACUUGUUUCCCCAUUUGGAAAGACUGACACAGCCUCCGUCUUGUCAGAAGCCAUAGGGUAUAUCACAUUCCUGCAGUCUCAAAUUCAGGCAUUAAGCACCCCAUACUUGGGCAAUGCAUCAGGGAGCAUGGGUCACGUUCACCAACAAUCUGAAUCCGUAGAAAAGGGAGGAAAGGAUUUAAGGAGCAAAGGGUUGUGCUUGGUUCCAUUGGAAUGCACUCAACUUGUAAGCGUGGGAAGCUGCGGCAACAUCGGCGGCGACAUUAAUGGCGGAGCUGCCGCAGAUUACUGGCCGUCCCCUAAUUCCCUUGGUGGCAGGCGGUUUUGACUUUUGAUUUAUUUAACUGAUUUUGACGCUUACAAAAGUCAAGCUAUAUGGUGAUGAUAUGAUGAUGAUGAGUAUGAAUUGAAUGAGAUCAACCUAACACUAAAUCUAUAUAUACUUUUACUUCGUAUACUGUAGUAGUAAAUUUGUCUUAAUUAAAUCUUUCCUUAAAUUCUUUAACCAUUAUCUAAACCAUUCUCUAGUCAGCUCUCUAUUUGUGUCAUUGUCCAAACGUUCAAGCAUAUCUUGCUAAUAUUGUAAAUAUUACUCAGUGCUAUUUAUAGUUGGUAUGCUCCCAUCCUUAGCCUUAGGUGGUAUGCUCCUAUAAUGCAUGUAAAACUCAUAUCGGUCCUAAAAUGGGAAUAAAUUAUACACGUUUUAAUUCUAUGACAUUUUGGCUAUAAAUUAGUUAUAGAGUACAAUGCAAUUUAUUGUUUCAUAACUAAUAGGUACCUGGCUAGGUCUUGUUAUAACUCCGCAUGAGCGAGCUACACCUCUUCUACUCAUUCGCCUGCCGCCUGGAGUCAGAAAUCUAUUGUUUGGGAUUGGGUAUUGAGAAUUUUACGAGAGCCAAAGCAUAAAAUAUCAACUUGUUUUUUAUAAAUUAGCUAGAAAUAUUUAUACGUAAUACGCUAUAAAUUGGAAUUUGUUUCUUGGGAAAUCUUGGGGGCCGAUGCCCCCUCCCACCCCUUCCUAUCUCCACGUCGGGACCACCUUUGGUGGUCUGAGGGCCUGAGGCCCCCUCCUGCCUCAAGACCACUUGAUAUAUAUACUUCAUUCGUUCUUUAAUAGAUGCAACAUUGUGACUUUUGUACUAUUCACACACAUUAUUUUUAUCACAAUUUUCUACUAACAUAUACUAGUAUAAUCAAAAUCUUUUGGGAUUAAGACUUGGAUUUUGUUUUUGUUGUAUAUAUAAUCAAAUUAUUAUGUAUAAAAUGUUAUUUUAUUUCUAUUAAUGUGAAUUUCUAAAAUAUUAACUUCUUAUAAUGUUUACCAAUACGGAAUUAAAUAUAAUUACAGUCAACGUUGUGUGUUGGCAAACGUGAAAGUCUGACAGUUGCAACGAGUAUAUAUUAUGUUGCUUGAAGCCCAUUGGUCACGGUGUGAGCGUAUUUCUUUUAAAAUUUAACACUAAAAAGAGGCAUACGUGUCAUUGCAUGUUCAAUUCUUGUAACAAAUUAAAGAAUUGAGUUUCUCUCCAAUUAAGGUACACAACGGUGGAUGAAUAAUGAAUUGAUCGAAGCAUAUUUAUCGUUGAUGAUAUGAUUAAAAAGGGUUGUCUGUGAGCCUUUCCACUUUGGAGUUCCACUAAGAAAAGAAAAGAUGGAUGACAUUAUAUAUUGUAUCAUGAUUAAAAAGGUGGCAACUAGCUAGUGUGCAUCAAUUCAUUCAAGAUGCUCAGCUCAAGUAAUAUUCAAUAUUGUGGGUACAUCUUUUUUCUAAAUAGAAAGUCAAUGCACAAUAAUUAAUAUUAUUCAGGGAAUAACAUUUGAUGCUUAAAUAUAAAGAUUCUAUCAAAAGAUACAUUAGCCUUUUGUGCUUUGACACCUUGAAACUACUCUAUUUCAUUUUUCGGGAAUCAAAUUAAAGUCAUGAUAAUGAUACGUAGGGGAGCGUUUAUUCGACGCAUGCCCAUUAAAAUGAACCAUGCUGCUUAUAAUUUAAAGCUUUAAUUUUUAUAUACUCCGUACAUAAUAGUUGAGGAAUAAGUCGUAGCUUUUUCAUGUUCGGUAAUCGGUACUCGAGACAUGAGCGUAGGUGUUUAACUUUUUUUCUUCCAUGUGGAUUCAAUUUUAUAUUAAGAUUCUUUUUUUCGACCCUAGUGGAAAACUAUCUUAAGAUGGGAUUAGGGCUGGAAAACACCAUACCUACUUAUUUAAAGCAUAAAAGAAAAUAUAAUGUAGGGGACAUGAAGCCAAAACCUACGGAGAAAGGAAAUAAGAUAAUAACAUUAUUAUAUGAUAUAAGAAAAAGCAAUUGCAUCAAAUUUGAGAAUAUUUUUGAAGUGUGAAGAUUCAACGUCAAUGGCUAAACUAAUGGCAUUUGCUGUUUGUUAGCAAGAUCCGGAACAUGUGUCAUGAGAAUAUGGUUUUGAUGAAGAAUCUUCCUGCAAGAUAUAACAAAGAUGGACUCCCAUUGAUAGACACGGUGAAGGUUAAUAGACUGUAGCACUUGGCGAUUCGAGAUCUCAAUGACGUUCAAACGUUGCCCAUUGUGCCGGUAAAAUACAUGCACCGUACAGCCGGCUGUACCGUGCGCACGGUACAACCGGCCUUUUAGUUCGCAGAUCCAGCACUACCUUCGAUUGUUCGCACUUCGCUCAGUCUCACACUCGAUCGACUCUUCACCCAGAAGUUCUUUGCUCGCCGUGGUUCACAAAUAACUAGCCAACCUCCCUCAACGCAAUCCCUUGACGCAGCACCUUCCAACUUGGGUAGAUGGCGGCUCUGGCAUAUGAGAUGUAUAGGGCUAGUUGGGCUUAUUCUUUUUUUGAACUUUUUUCCUUUUUUCGUUUUCAGUUUUGAUGAGUUUGGUAAGUUGUUUGGUUGCAACUUAGAAGAAACCUAAAUUAUACGUAUUUGUACAGAUACGGGCAUACACAAAAGAAAUUUUGAGCAUAGC